AUGAAGUUCACUCAGUUCACUCUUGCCGCCGCUCUGCUGGCUACUGUCUCUGCCCAGGGUCUGGACUCCCUGCCUGAUUGCUCCAAAUCCUGCGCCAACAAUGCUAUCCCUGCCAGCUGUGGCCUCGACAUCAAGUGCAUCUGUGGUGACAAGUCCUUCCUGAGCAACAUUUCCUGCUGUGUUGCGGAUAAGUGCUCCCAGGCCGACCAGGAGACCACCCUCAAGGUUGCCAAGGGUAUCUGCGCUGCUGGCGGCGUGACCGACCUCCCUAGCGCCAUCUCCUGCGCCUCCUCUGGAGCUUCUGCCACCGCGACUGGCACCUCCACCGGUACUAUGACUGGCAUGUCCACCAUGACCAUGACCGGCACCGCCAUGUCUUCCACUGCUUCGGACAUGAGCUCCGCUGCUUCCUCCGCCUCCUCGGUCGCCUCGUCUGUGUCCUCGGCCGCUUCUUCUGCCGCUUCGGCCGCCUCCUCCGCUGCCUCCUCCGCCGCUGCGAGCGCCACCGGCAACGCUGCCAUCCUCGGCCAGACCCGUGAUAGCUCUCUGAUUGCUGCUGCCGGUGCCGCCGCUGCUUUCGCCAUGCUUGUUUAA